UGUGAUUUUGAUUUUGAAAAGUGAAAUACAUUUUUAAAAAAUGUCACAUAACAGCCGUAGGUAGCCAUUGGUGUAUAAUUUUCUUGUAUUCCUAUUCCUAGCCUUAAUAGUUACUCCACCAUAUGAAAAUUCAGAAGUACGAGUACUACUUUGGUAUUCUCUAACAUUGAAGUUGGCCACCGUAAUCAUAAUAGCGAAACUUACACUUGAACUAAAAUGCCCACUCUUUUCACUCGUACAUGUUUCAAACGUCAACAACCUUCAUUCCUCCUAAUCAAUUAUCAAAGGCACCGACAGAUUACAACAUCUGAUGCAGAUGCAGAUGCUAUCACCCGUUACCAUAUUUCACGUAAUGAAAUCAAACUUGCCCGUCGUGUGUUCGAUCAAAUUCCUAAACCAACUCUUGUUUUGUGGAACAUGAUGAUCCGAGCUUAUGCUUGGGCUGGCCCAUUUCAACAAUCCAUUCACUUGUACCGUCAAAUGUUGCAACUCGGUGUCACGCCCAACAACUUCACCUUCCCUUUUCUUCUCAAAGCCUGCUCCGCUCUACAAGAAUUACAACUUGGGAGACUUAUACAUAACCAUGCCUACAUACUUGGUCUCACAAUGGAUAUCUAUGUUUCCACUGCUUUGCUUGACAUGUAUGCUAAGUGUGGCAAUUUGUUUCAAGCACAAACACUAUUUAAUACUAUGUCCCACAUGGAUAGGGAUGUUGUCGCCUGGAAUGCCAUGAUCACUGCCUUUUCAUUUCACUCGCUUCCCACUCAAACAAUGCACUUGGUUACCCAUAUGCAGCAAGCCGGGAUUGCUCCUAAUUCUUCAACUCUUGUAUCUAUUUUACCCACAAUUGGGCAAGCUAAUGCACUACCCCAGGGGAAGGCUAUUCACGCCCACUCUCUCAAGAAAUUCUUUUGUGACAGUGUCGUUCUCCAAACUGCACUUUUGGAUAUGUAUGCUAAGUGCCAUCAAUUAUCUUAUGCCAGGAAAAUAUUCAAUACCGUCAAUAAGAAAAAUGAGAUAUGUUGGAGUGCUAUGAUUGGAGGUUAUGUACUACAUGAUUGCAUGAGAGAUGCAUUGGCUCUUUAUGAUGACAUGGUAUGUAUAUACGGCUUGAACCCCACACCAGUCAUUCUUGCAACCAUGCUUAGAGCCUGUGCACAACUCACUGAUCUGAAAAGAGGAAAAAUCUUGCAUUGUCACGUGAUUAAGUCUGGGAUACACCUAGAUACAACAGUAGGAAACUCACUGAUAUCAAUGUAUGCCAAGUGUGGCCUCAUGGACGAUGCAGUGGGGUUUCUUGAUGAAAUGGUUGCAAAAGACACGGUUUCAUAUAGUGCUAUUAUUUCAGGAUGUGUGCAAAAUGGCUAUGCAGAGAAAGCUUUACCUAUUUUUCGCCAGAUGCAGUCAUUUGGGAUUGAACCACAUUUGGCAACCAUGAUAGCUCUACUUCCUGCUUGUUCACAUUUGGCCGCUCUACAACACGGGACGUGCUGCCAUGGAUACGCAGUUGUUCGUGGCUUCACUAAUGACACCUCCAUUUGCAACGCCAUUAUUGACAUGUACUCAAAGUGUGGAAAGAUUACUGUGAGUAGGGAGAUUUUUGAUAGGAUGCAGGAUAAGGACAUUAUUUCAUGGAAUACAAUGAUAAUUGGUUAUGGCAUUCAUGGGAUAUGCAUAGAAGCACUUUCACUAUUCCAUGAAUUACGGGUAUCAGGCUUGAAACCUGAUGACGUGACCCUAAUUGCUGUUUUAUCUGCAUGUAGCCAUUCGGGACUUGUCACCGAAGGGAAACAUUGGUUCAGUUCCAUGAGCCAAGACUUAAACAUCAAACCAAGGAUGGCACAUUAUAUAUGCAUGGUUGACCUUCUGGCCCGAGCGGGAAAUUUGGAUGAAGCAUACACUUUCAUUCAAAGGAUGCCAUUUGUGCCUGAUGUUCGUGUUUGGGGUGCAUUGCUUGCUGCAUGUAGGACCCAUAAAAAUAUUGAACUUGGUGAAGAAGUGUCAAAGAAGAUCCAGCUGCUGGGACCUGAAGGUACUGGAAAUUUUGUUCUUAUGUCAAACAUAUAUAGUUCUAUAGGAAGAUGGGACGAUGCAGCACAUAUUAGAAGCAUACAAAGGCACCGUGGUUACAAGAAAAGCCCGGGAUGCAGUUGGGUUGAGAUCUCUGGGGUAAUCCAUGCAUUUAUUGGGGGCCAUCAAUCUCAUCCACAAUCAGCAGCCAUAAAUAACAAGUUGCAGGAACUGCUGGUGCAGAUGAAAAAAUUAGGAUAUCGCGCAGAUUCUAGUUUUGUUCUUCAUGAUGUUGAAGAAGAGGAGAAGGAGCAAAUUCUCCUUUAUCAUAGUGAGAAAAUAGCCAUUGCGUUUGGAAUUCUAAAUACUAGUCCCAGCAACCGCAUUCUAGUUACGAAAAAUCUGCGGAUUUGUGUUGACUGCCACUCUGCAAUAAAAUUAAUUACUAUCUUGACAGAAAGGGAGAUAACAGUUAGAGAUGCAAGUCGGUUUCAUCAUUUUAAGAAUGGAAUCUGCAACUGUCAGGAUUUCUGGUAAGAAAAUGCCAAAUGCGGAUUACCGGGUCUGGUUAUAAUCACCCACUGCCACUGGCAAGUAUUCACUCUCCUGAACCACUUUCACUUAACCAGAUAGCUCAUCUAAAUGCCGACCAUGCCGAUCCAUAUGCUAUGGAAAUUGGAAUCAGAACUAGUGAGAAAGAAGCUUGCUCAAGUUGGAGCUCACAUCCUUCCAGCACCCUUGGUAAUUAUUUUUCUUCUAAUUUUCAUCUGUGGGCAAGUUUUAUGUCCCCUUUCCAACAGGGAGGAAAACUUUGGGACUUGUUUUUUAAUGAUAGUAUAGAAACCUGAUCCUUCUCGUAGUUGUGAAGUUAGUCCGAUGCGCACAAUUACGGGAAGUGGUGUUGCUCGUGGUCCAUCGCCUCGGUGGAGGGUGAUACCUGCCAGCAGUCUGACGCCCAAGUAAGUUUUUUAUUGUAUGCAAUAGGUUUUCUAUAUAAAAAGUGUGUGUAUAUUGACCCAACAACCUCAUAAUUUGUGUAAGCAACAAUGUCAAGAUGACAAUGUUUGAAGAAUAUAUACAUUUUCCUCGUGAGGACAUAACAUAAGAUUGGUCAAACACAAUUCA